AAAGAUUUUAUUUCUUUGUUUAAAAUUUUGGAGUUAAACCUAAUUUAUUGUGAGUGUAUUCGAUAUAGUAUCGUAUUUUAAAAAUUGACAAUUUUUUUAUCAAAAUCUUAAGCUUUAUCCUUUUAUUUCAUGAAACCAAGUAUAGAAAUUACAUUGUCUUUUUCUGUUUAUCUUCACUAACUUUGCUAAUUAGUUUGUCAAAGUCGGUAUUGUGAAUGAUUCUGUAAAGGAGGACUGAUGAAAUUAAGCCAACAAUGAAGAGACUUAUCCAAGGACCAUGAUAAUAAUAUCCCUUAUAGAAUGUGAGAGUAUACAUUAUGAUAGCCCACACAAAGAAGUUGAUAGUAAUAUUCAUUUUAGUAGUCUCAUUCUGAGCCCCAAUACCUAUCAAGAUCCCAAAGAGAAUAUCUUUCAUGAUCGAAACGAACAGAACAGCAGCGAACGAUGGGAGGAUGUAGUUCAUUGUAUCAAUUGCAUGCUCGCUUUUUGCAUAUUUAGCCAAUAAAAAGUCUCUGAAAGUAAACAAAGUAACUACAGUGAAUAUACCAAAAAUGGCAGCUACUCCUUCUUUGUCUCCUUCCCCUAUUUUAUUUC